AUGUCUCAACUCGAGAAGAGAAGACGGAAUCUAAUUUUUGACGAGGAGAGAUUCGAGGAAACAUUCUUAAAAUGUAUGAUAUGUCGUGAAAAUUUCAAUGAUUUUGACAAGUUACCGAAAAUGUUGCCUUGUCAUCAUACCUUUUGUCUCGAUUGUCUGCAACAAAUGUUUCGUGUUGAAGGAGAAUUCCGUCAAACGUUGACAUCAGCCUUCCGUGGAAUGCCUACAGCCGUCAAGAUCCAGUGUCCAUCUUGCCGAGAUGGCAUCAUAGUAUCUGAACCAGAGUUGCGUCGUCUACCCAGUGAUCACACAAUCAUGGAACUAGUGUGUUUUGUCAAAUCUACUGGUAAAACUGAUGUUCAAUACUGUUCCAAACAUCAGCUUCAACCUCUAAACUUUUUCUGUGAGCCUUGUAUCCAGCCUGUUUGCUGUGAUUGUACUGUGAUAGACCACAAGGAAAAGUCAGGACAUUAUGUAGUCAAUGUGGAUGAAGCCAUGAAGAAAUACACACCGAAAGUAGAAGAAACCAUAGAUCUCCUUAAAACUGAUAUCGACGAGCUGGUCACAAAACAAGAUGCUAUUGCCAAGUCUAAUGAAGGUCUUGAACAAAUACAAUCUGAGCUGAAUCGUCAAAUACAGUCGACGUUUGAUCGUAUCAGAGAAACUUUGGCUGAACGUGAAAAAGAACUGUUUGAUUCAACAGAGAAUGAAAUCCAGAAGAAGGCUGAUCAGCUGGAACGAAGACGAGAAGCAUUAGCUAGCAGAGAAACGGAACUGGCCGCUGAACUGAAGGGUUUAGAAACAGCCUUACAAGAAAAAGAUAUUGGAUUUUUGUUCACUGGUCACAAGAAAUCUAAAAAGAUCCUGGAUAAGACAGUUUAUAUACCUCCUGAUACCACCAAUGAAUUCAGUGUUUCGUUCCAGUUUAAUAGUCGUCAGGAACUGAACGUUAGACAACAGCUUCAAAACUUUGGUGAAAUAGUGUUUACAUCGUGA